CACUUCCCCCCCAACACUUCCUGUUCUGCUGGACCCCCUUAUGGAGAAGUUGGCCCCUACGCGGGAAUUCCAAUGGCCUCUUUAGGGGUGUGGCCUAAGGCUCGAAGAAGUGGGAUGUAAAACGAAGAUCAGGAACAGCUUUGAAGAGGUGCAAAGUGAAUUGGUGCCAGUCAGCAUGUCAGAAACAGAGCACAUAGCCUCCAUUUCCUCUGAUCAAAAUAUUGAGAAAACAUCUGAAAUAAAGGAAGACUCAUGCAAUUCGUUUUCUGGUGAUGAAAACAGCAGCUUAGAAAAUGAGUCCAAACUGUUGUCAUUAAACUUUGAUAAAACUUUAUGUCAGCCUAGUGAACACAAUAAUCAAAUUGAAACACAGGAAAAUUAUAUUCCAGAUCAUGGUGGAGGUGAGGAUUCUUGUGCUAAAACAGACAUAUGCCCAGAAAAUUCUGAACAAAUAGCUAAUUUUCCUGGUGGAGAUUUUACAAAGCAAGUUUUGAAAACAAAUGAAGCAGAACAAACAGUAACACAAAUAUUGGCAGAAUUAAGGUCAUCUACAUUUACAGAAGCAGCUAAUCAAAAGACUUAUUUAGAAAGUCCUUAUGAUACAGACUGCACCAAGAAACUUAUUUCAAAAAUGAAGAAUGUUUCAACAUCAGAGGAUUUGUUGGAAGAAAUAGAAUCUGAGCUCUUAUCUACUGAGUUUGCAAAAGAACACCGACUACCAAAUGGAAUGAAUAAGGGAGAAAAUGCAUUAGUUAUGUUUGAAAAGUGUGUGCAAGAUAAGCAUUUGCAGCAGGAGCAUACCAUAAAGAAGUUAAUUAAAGAAAAUAAGAAGCAUCAGGAACUUAUCUUAGACAUUUGUUCAGAAAAAGACAAUUUAAGAGAAGAACUAAAAAAAAGAACAGAAACAGAGAAGCAGCAUAUGAACACAAUUAAACAGUUAGAAUCAAGAAUAGAGGAACUAAAUAAAGAAGUUCAAGCUUCCAAAGAUAAAGUACUAGCUCAAGACAUUGCAACUAAAAAUGCAAUUCAGCAAUUACACAAAGAGAUGGCCCAUCGGAUGGAACAGGCCAACAAGAAAUGUGAAGAGGCACGCCAGGAAAAAGAAGCAAUGGUAAUGAAGUAUGUAAGAGGCGAGAAGGAAUCUUUAGACCUUCGAAAGGAAAAAGAGAUACUUGAAAAAAAACUUAGAGAUGCAAAUAAAGAAUAUGAGAAAAACACUAACAAAAUUAAGCAACUUUCUCAGGAGAAAGGACGGCUGCACCAGCUGUACGAAACAAAGGAAGGUGAAACUACUAGACUCGUCAGAGAAAUAGACAAAUUAAAGGAAGAUAUCAACUCUCACAUCAUUAAAGUAAAAUGGGCACAAAACAAAUUAAAAGCAGAAAUGGAUUCACACAAGGAAACCAAAGAUAAACUCAAAGAGACAACAACAAAGUUAACUCAAGCAAAGGAAGAAGCAGAUCAAAUUCGGAAAAAUUGUCAGGAUAUGAUAAAAACAUAUCAGGAAUCAGAAGAAAUUAAAUCAAAUGAGCUUGAUGCCAAGCUUAGAGUGACAAAAGGAGAACUUGAAAAACAAAUGCAAGAAAAAUCUGACCAGCUAGAAAUGCAUCAUGCCAAAAUAAAGGAACUAGAAGAUUUGAAGAGGACAUUUAAGGAGGGCAUGGAUGAGCUACGAACACUGAGAACAAAGGUAAAAUGUCUAGAAGAUGAACGAUUGAGAACAGAAGAUGAAUUAUCAAAAUAUAAAGAAAUUAUUAAUCGCCAAAAAGCUGAAAUUCAGAAUUUAUUGGACAAAGUGAAAAUUGCAGGUCAGAUACAGGAGCAGCAUCAAAGAGGUAAACAAGAAAUUGAAAAUUUGAAGGAAGAAGUGGAAAGUCUUAAUUCUUUGAUUAAUGACCUACAAAAAGACAUCGAAGGCAGUAGGAAAAGAGAAUCUGAGCUACUACUGUUUACAGAAAAGCUCACUAGUAAGAAUGCACAACUUCAAUCUGAAUCCAAUUCUUUGCAGUCACAGUUUGAUAAACUUUCUUGUAGUGAAAGUCAGUUACAAAGCCAGUGUGAACACAUGAAACAGACAAAUAUUAAUUUGGAAAGUAGAUUGUUAAAAGAAGAAGAACUGCGAAAAGAGGAAGUCCAGACUCUGCAAGCUGAACUCACUUGUAGACAAACUGAAGUUAAAGCAUUGAGUACCCAGGUCGAAGAAUUAAAAGAUGAAUUAGUAACUCACAGACGUAAACAUGCCUCUAGUGUCAAGGAUCUUACCAAACAACUUCAGCAAGCACGAAGAAAGUUAGAUCAGGUUGAGAAUGGAAGCUAUGAUAAAGAAGUCAGCAGCAUGGGAAGUCGUUCUAGUUCAUCAGGGUCCCUCAAUGCUCGAAGCAGUGCAGAAGAUCGAUCUCCAGAAAAUACUGGGUCGUCAGUAGCUGUGGAUAACUUUCCAGAAGUAGACAAGGCCAUGCUGAUUGAGAGGAUAGUAAGGCUGCAGAAGGCACAUGCUCGGAAAAAUGAAAAGAUAGAAUUUAUGGAGGAUCACAUCAAACAAUUGGUGGAAGAAAUUAGGAAAAAAACAAAAAUAAUUCAGAGUUACGUUUUACGAGAAGAAUCAGGCACACUUUCUUCAGAGGCAUCUGAUUUUAACAAAGUCCAUUUGAGUAGACGGGGUGGCAUCAUGGCAUCUUUAUACACAUCCCAUCCAGCUGAUAGUGGAUUAACAUUGGAACUCUCUUUGGAGAUCAACCGAAAACUACAGGCUGUUUUGGAGGAUACGUUAUUGAAAAAUAUUACUUUGAAGGAAAAUCUGCAAACACUUGGAACAGAAAUAGAACGUCUUAUUAAACACCAGCAUGACCUAGAACAGAGGACGAAGAAAACCUAACACAAAGUUCUUCCUCAGUAAACAGACAGAAGCUACACAAGGAGCAGGUGCCAUUGCCCAGUAUUGUUGGAAACUUUUCCCUGCUUUGUGUGUCAGCCAAUAAAAAAUUUGUUUUGCUUCAUCUGUAUAAAAAAGUACCUUUUUACAAUACAGGUGCAUUGCUGUGUAUACUGUAAGAAUGUAAGCUUUGAUGAAACUUGUUUUUAUGUGGUGACAGCCUGUCAUUGAAUCAGAACAACUUAUUUAAUUUGCUGAUAGUCAUAUGAAGUGCUGAACAUUAUGACAAGGGCUUUUGAAAACCCCUUCUCCAUAUUUCUUCCCUUUAAAAUAUAUAAUGUCAAAAAUGAUUUCACUUUUUAAAAUUAUGCAUGAAAGGACAGGUGUUAAUCAUUCAGUAAUAUGAUAUUUCUCCAACAUGAAGAAAACUAAAGAAGUAAUAAAAACUUGUUUUGACAUUCUAAUACAACAUUUGCUUGUGUGUUAGGGAUGCCAGUGAGUUCUUAAACCAUUUGAUUUUAAUGGAAGCUAAUAGGAAAACUAGCUCUUGGUAACUAGCAAUGAUCAGGCAUUGUAUGCCCCUGUCAGGUUUCCUUAUUUGUGCUAGGUACAUUUUUUUCAGAUUUGAAUUGAGUUAAUAGUUGAGUUUUUUAAAUCUCCAGUUACAUAAAAUAUGAUUUAAAUUAUCUGCUUAUUUAGAGAAUUCCUGUGGACUUCAGUUAUAUUUUAAAAUGUAAAAUGGAUUAGUCUCAUUAGAACAGAGAAAUGAAUAAUGAAUUCUUUGAAACUGAAGUACUUUAGUUUUACUGACAUCAAGUAUAAAGAUAAAUUUAAGAUAUUUAUAAAGAACCAGUUCCCAAGAAAAUCCAGCAUAUGGCACUAUUAACCAUUUUAUCUGUGUACCAUUCUUUACUGUUAGUAUAAUUAUAUAUUAUAGUGGGGUGAUCUUACAGUGCCCAGAUAUGAUGUGUUUGGUAUAUUUAUUUAAAAUACAAAAUAAUUACAUCUCUGUAACCAAAAGAAUUUUAGAACCAAAUUUAUGUAUCCUGUUGGAUUUUUACAAUAUUUAUGAUGUACACUUAAAUGUUGACAGUCAUAGUAUCAGUAUUUCUGUCAUUGAAUUUUUUUCUCACCUCUUGUAAUUUCUCACUUAUUUUAAUUUUUGUGUGUGGUUUUUCACAUUUCAUUAUAUUCAGAUAAUUUCUGUAGUAGAUACCUUGGCACAUAUACAGAUGUUGCAGCAAGCCUCAUUUUCAUUUUGGAUUUUCGCCAACUUCUUUCUCCCCUUAAGAGAAGUAAGCUUUGCGGUGGAUUAAAAGCCUUUAAAGAAUUGUGUGGCUUUAACAGUUGGGCUGGGCUUAUGGUGGCAAUUUCCCUUUAAUGUGUUUUAAGUUUUUUUUUAAAUCAACAUUGCUUAAAAAGAUCAGUUACUAAGGAUUAGAUAAUUCAAUGCAGCAUUUUUUCUGUAUAUUGAGUUAUAUGUUGUCAUCCAAAAACAAAAUCUUUUCACUUCAGAAUGGAAAUACAAGUUCAGAAACAUUUUAUAUUUAAAAUAGCUAUAAAAGUUUUAGCCUUACCAUAAUGUAUCUUGUUCUUUUUACCAGUAAUAAUUUAUCAAAAUAAAGAAAUAAGAGGGUAAGUGCAAUCACAUCUGAAUUAUUUUCCUAGUUGUUUUUGACAAUACUAUCGAUACUCUCAAAUACUAUUUAGAGUAGUCAACAUAACUAAAUUUUUACAGCUUCUUAUGUGAUAUAGAUUCAUACACUACAAUAUUUGUUUUUUUCCUCCCAAGACACAAAAUGUAUUAAUGGAGACCAAAUAGUGGUCAGAACCAUAGUAUUCUGUCUAUACACCUUAAAAAUAUAUAUACUUUUUUUUUUUUUUUUUUGGCGGUACGCAGGCCUCUCACUGUUGUGGCCUCUCCCGUUGCGGAGCACAGGCUCCGGACGCGCAGGCUCAGCGGCCAUGGCUCACGGGCCCAGCCGCUCCGCGGCAUGUGGGAUCUUCCCGGAUGGGGGCACGAACCCGUGUCCCCUGCAUCGGCAGGCAGACUCUCAACCACUGCGCCACCAGGGAAGCCCUAUAUACAUUUUUUUGCAUACAAAUAUUACAUAUGAAAAUGAAACCUUCCAAUAUUAACAUUUGUGCCAGCAUUCACUUAGAGAAGUUUAAUGGUUAAACAAUUUUAGAAGAAUGUAAUUAUAAACCAUAUUUUGACUUAUUAUUACUUUUCCCACCCAUAAAUGUAUGGAACUGUGGAAAACUUGAAGAAAAUGCUUUAUUUUCCUUUUGCUCCUUAGUUUCUACUAUAUCCUUUUGUAUAUGGAUCAGGACUGAGCAAAGUGUGUACAAAAAUGUGCAUUUAUCAGCUCCCUGUCUCUAAACUGAUUCACAAACAGAUUCUGAUGUAAGCAUUUAGAGGGCCUUCUACCCUUACUGUACUUACUGAAUAUAUGGAGAGAAGAAUGGGGUGUCUAGAAAAGGAACAUGGUCUGGAUAAACUUGAGAUCUUGGAGAAAUUUUGUUUUAUGUGUUUAUUAUUAAUGGAACACAUCAAAUGCUGUUUUUGUUAGCAGUAUUUUGGUUUCUUUGAGCAGGAAAUGAUUUUUGUGUGUGUGUAUAUAUAUGUAUACACUUCACUAGGUUUAAUUUUAAAGUGAAUACUUGCUGUGACUCCCUUUUUCCCAUACCACUUCAAACGUUAGCCUGAUAAGUUUUAAGGAUUGAAAAUGGUGGGUUUUGGACAGAAGAAUGAGUUUAAACUUUAGUGGGUUUUUUUUGUAAACUUUCUAUCCAUAACCAUUUAAAGCAGAUUAUCUUGAAAUUAAAUUUUGUCAGGCUACCACCAUGUUAUUUAUUCAUGUAAUAAACACAGUUAUUAGAAACCUCUUAUUGUCAGUCACCAUACAGGGUAUCAUCAUUAUACUGGUAGACAGACCAGACAGGGCAAUUCCUGUCCUUACGGAACUUAUGGUCUAGUGAAGACAGCUGCGAGGCAGUAGGAGCAGCUCUUUAAGCCUCUGCAGCUCACAACCAUCCCCUGUUGGAAGACAGUUGAUUCACUUGUGCAAGUAGGUGACCCAGAAGUCUCACUCUGGCGUGAAGCUUUGGGAAAUGACUCCUUGCUGAGGUACACUGAGAGCAGAUUGCUGUUCUCAUGGUGGUUCUGCACAUUCCUAAGUUGUUUUCACAGUUAAUAGUUGAGUUUUUUUAAUUGUUUAAAAAUUCUUUAAUUAUGUUUAAUUAUUCUUUAAGAAGAAGGAAAAAAAUCCAAAGACUAUAAAAUGGUAUUUGAUUUUUGCCAUUUUAGUAAAUUAUUAAUGUCUACUUGAUGCUUAUAAAGAUGAAUCUAAUCACAUUGUCAUGCAUAUUUCCAAACUUUGUUUUGCAGUAUACUCUAAAGACUUUUACAUAUAAUUUUAGACCCAAGAUUUACCAGUAGAAGGAAAAAAGCACUAGAAACCAUUAAUAUUGUAAAUGUUAUAUAUGCUACCGUGGUGAAAAUAUUUUUAUCAAUCAUGUUAUUCCAUAUCAUUAAUUUGCCUUAUGGACGCUGAGUCCAGUGGUCUAUCUUCCAGUAACCUUUUUAAAACAAAACAAUUCUUUUUUGACACUAAGAUUGUUAAUUUUUAACACCAGUUGGUGGCACUAGAAACCUGAAAUUUUCAAGGCUGAACAAGAGAAGAUAAUCCAAACAAAGAAUUUUCAGGAAAAUAAAUGAAAAAUAUAAUUGUAUAUUAAAGAUGUAUUUUUCUUCUGGAAUGAAAUUCUUUUUUAAAAUGCAUAUGGCUGUCCAUUUUGACUAUGAUGAAACUUGUUUACCUUCCAAAGUUCAUAUAUAUAUA